CCGGCACAGUGAGUUAGUUGCACGAAAGAGAUUCGUUCGAAAUCGUCCGUCGUACUUCGUGAUUGUCUUAGCGAGAACUUUAACAAUAUGGAGGAAAUUCAACUUAGCAGAGAUCAAAUAUCCCAUUUGAGAAUGGCAUUCGAUGCGUUCGAUCACGACAAGAAAGGAUGUAUCAGCACAAGUAUGGUGGGCACAAUUCUAGGUAUGCUUGGUCAUGAAGUUCCACCGGACGAACUUGCAAAUAUUAUUUCGGAGAUUGACACAUGGGGAACUGGCGAAUUAAAAUUCGACGAGUUCUGUAAGUUAGGAUCACGCUUUCUCGAAGAGGAAACCGAUACCGAGGCGAUACAGCAAGAGCUACGAGAGGCAUUCCGAUUGUACGAUAAGGAAGGCAAUGGCUACAUUACUACCGACGUAUUCAGAGACAUCCUUCACGAGCUGGAUGACGCGCUAUCUCCAGAGGAGCUCGAUAUGAUCAUAGAGGAGGUGGACACUGACGGAUCUGGCACGCUCGAUUUCGAAGAAUUCAUGGAGGUCAUGACAGGAUAAAUUACGACUUUGGCACGAUGUGGACGUCUAUCGCCCACGUAUCGAACACAGCAAGUGUGUCUAUGCAAACAAACCGAAAUCUCCUGCUCGAGAUUGUACGUGACGCUGACAGAAUAUACAGUUCGUUCGUUUAUCAGAUAAAAAAAGUAGCCGUAAUAUAAAUUUUUUGUGAAAUAUCGUGAAAUAUCGUGACUCGAAGAUUUUAACGUAAUAAUACGCAUUAAGAAUAUCUGUGAAUAUCUAUGUCGAAUAUAAAUUAGAAGAGAAACUUUCGGAUAUUUGAGAUAAUGUUUGCGGUAUUAGCGACAGUUAUUGGUAUCGCGGAAUUUAUAGAUCUAUUAGCUUGCCAAGAUUGCACACUAUCCUAUGUACAGGGAUUUUGGCACUGCAUCGUCAAAUAUAAAUUGUAAUUCAAUCAAAUGUCGAAAUAUUUUAUAAUACACUUUG